GGCGGAGUUGUUGAUAGCAGCCGAUUGUGAGUUAGCUUUAGCUAAAUAGCUAACGCUUCACACAGGUAUAGUGGGUCAAGUUUCCCGUGAAAAGGAAUUUUUCUUUACGACCACCAGGCACCAACUCAAGAAGAGUCUGGGCAUUGAAAUUCAACACAUCACUUUACGGGAAAAUCUUUUGGAUAGCGAGUCACUUGAGGAGUCGAGAGAUGAAGCUGCGAGGCAAAGAAGGAAAAACACCCAUUCAAAAGCCGCUGUGCCGUCUGUGCGAGUGUCCGACGUCGGACGGCCACGUCCUCGCGUCGCAGGUUGACAGAAUCAAGUUGAGGAAAUGGGCCAUGGAGGUCAUGAACCUGACGGAAGGAGACGAAAACCUGCCGGAGGUGGUCGGAGAAGACGAUUUGAUCUGCUAUUUUUGCAUCUGGCAGGCCGAGUUUGGGGAUGAGUCCGGAGACGAGGCUGUCGCUUGGUGGCCGAAAAACCUUGAUUUGGAGGAAAACGCUAAGGUGUUGCGCGAGAAUUAUUCAAUUGGAGAAGUAGAACAGUGUUGGGUGCAGUUGGAGGAGAUUGAUCUGGCCAAAUACACAAAGAAAUCGAAAGAGGUUGAUCUGGGCAAAAAAACAGAUGAAAUUCCUAAGAAGAAAGGUGGCAGUAGAGUGUGUUUUUACUGCAGCAAGAGAUACAUUAAUCUGAGACAGCACAUCAAAUUUCAUCACAAAGAAGCCAUCAAAUGCGGAAUUAAGGGCUGCACAACUUACUUUCACACCCAGAAGGAGAAAGAGCAGCACAUGCAGCAGGUUUCACACGAGAAACGUUCCAAACCACGCGAAAAGAGGGAAAUUCGUUGCGCCUUCUGUGAAAAUUUCACAUCGUUUUCCUCUGAACAAAGGUGGAGGCGGCACAUGAAACGCGAUCAUCCAGAACUUCCUGUGAUGUGCGCGCGUAAAGGCUGCAAAGAGUUCUUCAAAUGCAAGUCUGAAAUGAUUCUCCACAUCAACUCGUUCCACAAAAAAGCCGUAAAUCAAGAUCUUUACCAAUGCAAGAAUUGCGAGUAUUACACCAGACUUAAGGGUGAUUUGAAAAUACACGAAGAGGCGAAGCACAAUCCAAAGAUCUUCAAAUGCGACGGUUGCGGCGCCAAAUACGGCUCGAAAAUCCUGGUGAAUAAUCACUAUAUCAGAGUUCACACGUUCGACAAGUGCAAAUCUUGUGACCAGGACGUGGCUGUUGGAUGUACGAGAAAUCACAGAAAGCCAUCGAUUUGCUUAAAAUGCAAACUCAGUUUCGAGUGUUUGGGUUUGAAUCAAUUACAUUGGAAGAAAUGCAAACAAACCCCUUUAACUUGCAAAGAGUGUGGAAAAACGUUCACCGCGAAUUUGAGGUUGAAUUGGCACGUGAAUAAAGUUCACACCAAAAGUGUGAUUUUUCGGUGCGACCACUGCGACCAAAUUAUUUAUGACAGAAACCAAAUGAUGGCGCACAUGCAACGCAAUCAUUUUCCAAAGACGUUUAAGUGUGAUGAGUGCGACAAAUCGUAUCCCUCCAAAUCAUUUCUCAAGGUUCACAAACAGAAUUUGCACGAAAACGUUCGCUGCGGAGAAUGUGCUCAGGAGAUGUGCCGCGAUAUCAUGAGGAGACACCGGACCAGUAAGAUUUGCCGCAAAUGCAAGUGCAAGUUGAAGUGCUCAGGACUUCUUCGAAAGCAUAAGAAAAGCUGCGAAGAAUUUGCCCCUUUUAUUUGCAAAGAGUGUGGAAAAGUAUUCAACGUGCGAAUGGUAUUGAAUCGGCACGUGAAACAAGUUCACAACAAAGGGGUGAUUUCUCGCUGCGACCAAUGUGAAUUUUCGACAUUUAACAAGAGCCUAAUGGAAAGGCACAUUCAAAUCGUACACUUACCGUAAGACGGUCUUAGGAGUGGAGAGUGCAACAAAUUUGUUCGCCACGGAAUAAAAGCGUCUCAAGCACAGGCGGCACAAUGUGCUCAGGAGAUGAUUCGCCGGUUGUCCUCGGAAAGCAUUUUAAGAGCUGCCAGAAUAAUAAUUUUUAUUGUGACGAGAGCCAAAAUUGGACAGGCGCAAGUCACGUUUGUAUUUUCAUACUGUCGCGAGAAGCAUAUUGAUGUGUAAAUGAAAUGUACAGCAGUAUUAUGAAAAAUUAGAAAAAUUUACCGGAAUAUUGUCCCUUUAUUUACGGUUAUAUUGCUUCGCUUUUAAUGUUUUGGAAAGGGUUUUUUCUGUAAAAUAUAUUUAAUAAUAAAUAAUUUUUUAUCUACUAAUAUUUUCAAAUACAACUUUUUUUCUAAAUUUCCACGUCCUUGAAUUUUU